AUGGAAACAAAAAAUUUUAUUUUAGAAUUAGAAUAUUGUGAAAAAAAAAAUAGUGGAUCUUCAUUAUUCGAUUAUCAACUUUCAUAUAAUAGUAUUUUUCCAAAGGAAUUAACAAAUGUAUUGACUCCAAAUGAAUUUUAUAAAGUUGUUGAUGGAAUAAAUUCAAAGAGACAAGUAUUACCACACCUCUAUGUAGCUCUAUUAUUGCAAUCUAUUUCACUCUACAUUGCAUUACAAUUAAUGGUUUUAUCAGAUUUCGUAAAUAGAGAAUCUGGUAUAAUUUUCUUUAUCUUUGUUUUAUUACAUUUAUUUAAUGCAAUCACUUUAUUUUUGAAAAGUUUUUAUUAUUCUCAUAAACAAAAGAAAUUUUUAAAAAAUAUAAACAAUCAAUUCUUAUUUAGAGAUGUUAUAUUUUCAACAAAAUUAAUUGGUGAAAAAGGAAGUGUUCUAAGUGUUGGUUUUUUGGGAAGAAUUAUUUUCUUAAUUUUACCAUUCUUUAUACAAUUGAAUGUAAUCUACGAUAAAAAUCCAUCUAUAAAUACCUUUAUUGUUGGUUAUUUAAUCAUUGCAAUCUUUAUUUUAGUUUGGUUUAGUAUUUUAAAAACUUUAGUUAUGUUUUCAAAGUAUAAAUAUUUAGUAAUUGAACCAAAUCAAACAAUAGAUUGUAAUAAAUUAUUUUUAUUGGAAUCACUCGUUAUCUCUUAUAACUCACCAAUUAAUGAAAAUUCAUUAUUUGAACACACUCAAAUCACACCAGGAAAUAUCUUACCAUUUUAUCAAGUACCUUUAUUACCAAAAGUUUAA